AGCUUGGCAACAGUACAGUUUCAGUUUCUGAUUGCAGACGGAAACUGGAAGAAGAUAAAAGAGCGUUAUCUGUGAUGGAAUAAACAAAUUUUGUGUGAUGGAUAAGUAAAGAAGGAAGUUUGGGCGUUCGACUUUUGGAUAUGUAAAUAAAGAAGUUUCAAGUGCUUUGUAUGCUAAUCGCACCAACCCCAUCCGAUAAUGGAUCAGGCUCCACUAGGGCCCUUACCCCGUUCAAGCAUACUCAAAGAGUUGUUCCCAACCCUUCCCCCUUCCGCCGUUGGCUUCUCCUCCUUCCCUCCACCUCUUCCCUCCUAAAGAACAAAUUCUGCAUCACGACGAAUAACAACCCUUUCUAACCGACCUCAUCGCCUUUGAACUGAGCUCGAGGAAUGGCGACUGUUACAUGGGCGACCGGGUCAACCACUGUCAUUCCACGGCAUAUUUGCUGCUCGUGUUCCUCUUUCUUCCCCCAUAGUAUUUCCCACACCAAAACCCUUGCUUUCAAUUCCAUUACAGUUCCAUCUCUCCAUUCCGACUUCCUUGGCAACCCACCCGUUUCUUUCCUCUCGGUUACACCAAUCCGACCAGCCGUGACCUCAGCCGGGCCGCGGAGUCUCGCCGUCCGCAUGUCGUGGGACGGCCCUCUUUCCUCCGUUCGACUUAUUGUCCAAGGGAAGAAUUUCGAGUUGACGGACUCGGUGAAGAAGUACAUCGAGGACAAGGUAGGAAGGGCCGUGCGGAAGCACUCGUACCUUGUCAGAGAAGUUGAUGUUCGGCUUUCCGUCCGCGGGGGUGAGUUUGGGAGAGGUCCCAGGGUUCGCCGAUGCGAGGUUUCUAUAUUUACCAAGAAGCAUGGGGUUGUGCGUGCAGAGGAGGAUUCGGAGACGGUGUAUGGGAGCAUUGAUCUGGUUUCAUCCAUUAUUCAGAGGAAACUAAGGAAGAUCAAGGAGAAGGAUUCAGAUCAUGGGCGGCAUAUGAAAGGAUUCAACCGCCUUAAAGUUCGGGAUCCGGACCUUAGUGUAGAAGAGGGAGAAGAGGAGGAGGAAGCUGAUCGGUCUGUUCCCGAGGAAGAGGACAGCAACAUUUUGGAUGAG